UCUUUAAUAUUUUCCUGAUCACUUCCGAAUAAAAAAGUAUAAGCACAUCUAACAUUUUCCAGCUCAACGUUAAAAUAAAGAAAUCCAGACGUGAUCCCCGUUCGAAACUGCUUGUAGAAGGUUUCAACUUUGUCGUAAAUCUUUGAAAGAAACUCGAACCUUGCUUCUAUAUAACUCGUUUCACAACGGAUCCAAAUAGGUAAGAUCUAGAUAGAUGAUGUCUUCUAUAUCCAACCGAAGCCAUUGGGAUAAGAGAGCACCCCGUAUCCGCGACAGGUCGCGGUCUCGCGUGUUGCCGUCGAUCUGCGCCCCACGUCGGAUUCUCCACCCGCACCCUCUCGCUUAGGGUACGUUCAGUCAGCUUCGAGCCGCGAGUGGGGUAAGUUGCGUCGCGCGCCGGCUCGCUGGCCCUUCGCAGAGCGAAGCACUCAACGCCGCCCCGCGCACAUCUCUCAUUCUCGUCCGCCGAUAACGAGAAGUACAACCCCCGACGAUCGGCGCAUCGUCGCGCGCCGAUUCAACCGGCGUGGCGCGGCGCGUUCGCGUAAAAAGACUUGCGAAGAUCGAGAACGCGGGUGAAUGCAUCGUGAAACGCAUUUCGCAAGCUUUUCUCUGACUUGGUUUGCACGUUUUAAUUCUUCUCUUUCACGGAGGGACUCGCCCCGAACUUAAUGACGGCGCCAGAAGGAAGCGGCAUCGGUGGUAGAGUCGCGCAUCGCAUGUGAAUGCGAGCGGAUAGUUUCAUCAUGCUUGAGGAUGAGAGAACAUCGCCGUGAUGUUACAUCGAAGCGCUUCGUCGCGACGCCGGCGAGCGUCGCCAAACGUGGUAAAUUCAAAUCAGCCGGCAUCUUCGACGAUGCGAGGUCGACGAGCGAGCGUAGCGACUGAGAAACCCCUCAUCUUACCACCAAGUAGCCCCGGCGGAACGAUGGAAAGGCAGCGGUCGCCGAGGGGUAGCAUAGUGCCGAAUAUCGCUCUGAAUACCGAGAGCGACUCUCCCGACGAAGGAGUCUGUCGUAGGAUCCUGCCGGAUCCCGAACAGUAUGGUACCGGCCGCAACUCUCUGGCGCCCGAGGCGAGCCGCAGCCCGCGAAACUCUCUGAUACCUGACGAUUACUGCAGAAGCCCGCGAGGCUCUCUAAUACCGGACUCGAGCAGGAGCCCACGUAAUAGUUUAGUACCCGAUAUGGUGCGGUCACCGCGAAACAGCUUGACGCCAGAAGUCUCUCUUAGUCCGCGACACUCUCUGGUGCCGGACUCGGCACUUAGCCCGAGAAAUUCUCUGGUACCGGAUGUGGCCUAUAAUCGGAGUCCACGGAAUAGUAUGGUGGCGAUUGGCGGCUCUAGAAUAUCCCUCUUACCGGAAAAUGGUAACGCGAUCGUGGCCGCCAGUCGUAGUCCUAGACAUUCGUUAGUACCGGAUACGACGAGAAGUCCGCGAGGCAGCAUGGCAAAUUUGGAUUUCGACCGAAGUCCACGUGGCUCGAUAUGUCCGGAAUUGCACAGAGCAUCCAAUAGGGGCAAUAUCACACCUAUGGAGGUUCCAGAUAGAAGUCCACGCGGUUCGAUAGUUUCGGAGUGUCUGAAUCAGAGUCCUCGCGGCUCCAUCGCACCUGAUCCCAACAGAUCUCCUAGAGGAUCGAUAGUGCCGGACGCGAAUCGGUCUCCACGUGGAUCGAUAUGUCCGGAGAGCAGCAAUAGAAGCCCAAGAGGAUCGAUCGUGCCACAUGAUCAGACAAAUCGAUCGCCACGCGGAAGCAUAGGCAUGAACGAUGUUGAAAGACAUUCAAAAGGUUCUCUCGGAGCUAUUAACGACGAUGAAAACAGAAGUCCCAGAGGAAGCAUCGGGCCUGAGGGAAUCAACAGAAGUCCUAGAGGCAGUCUCGGAGGACAUCAAGAUAGAAGGGCACCGAGAGGCAACUUGGGCUUGCAAGAUCCUAGAAGAGCUUCCGCAGAUCAGGGGAGCACGAGAAACCGAAGUUCCUCGCCUUAUCGCCAAAGAGAAGUGAGCUCGGGAAGCGUCAGAUCGGGCGGAAGUGGUGGCGCACAGGUCAAUCUAGGAUACGGAACGAACGCCUGGGCCGAUUCCAGGCGAGCUAGUAGCUCCGUUUCACAGCUUUCAGGCGAUGAGUCGCGCCGGCUUUGCGCCAGUGGCGUGAAGGCACCCGAAAAGGGCGACACAGAGGCUGCGAAUCUCGGUGUAGCAACCUAUGGCUCAGUCGUGUUUCAGCUGAAAGACGCUCAUCUCGAGGCAAACGGCAUCUGCGACUUCGUCUUUCGCGCUUUGAGAGUCAUUAGCAAGACGAUGACGUUCACUAUAUGUCUGACCUGUUUGUCCACUGUGCCUAUUUUGAUGUUCAUCUUCGGUGUGCAGUUCAUUAAGGAUUGCCCUAAGGAGCCAUACAUUCCCGUGUAUAUGCUGAUCGGCGGAGUUCUGGGCGCCGUGCGUAUGUUUUGGGCGCUGUAUUCACAGAUACGCUCUCGGAGGCCGGAAGUCUCAUCCCAUUCCGCCAACAGACCACACGUCUCGCCUAUGAAAUUACUCUCCAUAGUUUUAUCGUGCUUCCUGGUCGCGUGGUUCGUGUUAGGACAUUACUGGAUACUGCAUGCAAUGUGGCCGGAAUACGAAUUUUCGUUGUACACGCCCAAUAGAUGGUGUCAUAAGACGCUUUAUAUUUUUUCUUUAGUUCAUCUGUUCGUAGUGUACGUGGUUUUAUUUCUAAUAUUAAUAGUGGCAGUCGGCCUGGCUUUCUGCAGAAUUUUGGAAUGCCCUUUACCAGAAAGUACGAUGAAACAUUUGGAGAAGUGGAGCAAUCAAGGAGGAACUCAUCAAGUUGCAGAGGUGAUAUCAAUUGUGCGAUAGAGCAGUGAACACUUUUGGAGCAGUGAAGCAGUCAUGGAACGACCUCAUCAAAUUGCAGAGAUGAUAUAUCGACUGUGCGAUGGAGUGUUUGGCAUGAUGCAUACCUAUCUGAGUGUAGUAUCUAUCAGUGGAGCCAUCAAGGAAGGAGCUCAUCGAGUU